UCUCUCUCAUCUCAUCCCAAAGAUGCGGUUUUUAUCGCUGGGAUUAUCUUUUAGCGUGUAGCGCAUCGCCGGGCGACUACAUCAUCGUCUCAAGUUUCGAAACUCUGCGACACGAAAGGGCCUUUUCCCUUUUCCCUUCCUGUCCUUUGGCCUCUGCCCCUCCCCCUCUUCUCUGCAGUUGGCGUACAGGCUUUUACCCUCCUCGGUUUUCUCCCGCUCUCUUGUCGAAGGACAAACCUGCGUCUGGAAGAAAAGGUCGAUCGGGACCUGGUGCCGGUAAAAACUGUGCAAAGGCGCUGCAGAAUCAAACUUCUUCGGCCGCUGUUCACUUCUAAUUCCCGAUAUAUCACCGCGCCACUUUAUUUCUGCUCGUUCAUCUUCGAUCCGUGUUUCCCUGCCCAGUCGACUCACGCAACUUGUCUCUUACACUUGUGCGCUCUUGAGACAUGCAUAUUGAGACAGCCUUGGGACCUCGGAAUCUAGAACUUGGAGCUUCUUGACAUCGGCGGCUUGUCGUCUCAUCAAUAAGUUACAACCGCCCUUCGCCCACCUGGCCACUUGCUGCACCUGCAGCCUGUCUACUACCCCCCUCCCGUCCCGCAGCAGCACACGACUUUGGACUUCACACCCCCCCUCCUCGUCUGAUCUUCUGGCCGCCGGCUUGUCCUGCUGCUCUUCAGACCGUUCAGUCAGGACUCAGUAGUGUCCCGUACGCGGUCUCUGCCAUUACCUCCCUCUCUUUCUCUCUGCCCCGUUGAUCCCAGUACGGCUACUUGUCGCCCUAUAAACCUUCCCAGCCAUCUACAAGAAUUACAUCCCUCACCCCUUCCAACCCGUCUCCGCCGCCAGGCCCAGCACACAUUUUCCGACCUUGACAAGACGGGAAAGACAUUGGCAUUGUUCAAUCGUCGCAGUGGGCUUCCCGCAUAAACCAACCUUUAACAACAAGCACCACCCCUAACCCACCGACGCCAACGAGAAAGACAAAAAAGCCAAUCCGUACCGGGGGAUAACCUCGCAGCUCAUCCCGGCAGGCAUAGCAGCAGCCACAUCAUCAACCCACGCAUAAACGGCGAUCAACCCAACCAAACACAUCCAAGCUUCUCUCUCGAGGCGGUGUCUGUACCUACAUAUUCCCAACCUACGCCCGUCCUCCACCGUUUGUCUCUCUCCGGACGACCCCCCCUUCUGCCGUCACCCCACGCUGCAAAGUCCUGGCGGGCAACGAAGAAGAAAGAAUAUCAACAACAGUCUCAUUAUCAGAAGCAAGACUGAGAAGUGAGAGAGAGAGAGGGCUUUGGUCAAACCAGCAGCUGCCCACGCCGCCCGCCUCCAUACACUCCAUCGAUCGAUACAUCCCACAUCCCCCUCCAUUCCUCAGCAAGACAUCCCAGGUCCCAGCUGCAGCACCACGAGACCCCAUCGGCGCCUCACCGCAACAUCCUGACCCAAUCACGGCCCUCUAGCCCGCCCACGACGACAACUCCCCCUGCCACCCUCGACCGGGGUCUAUCAAACCCAGCAGCACCAGGACCUCACGAUCACCACACAAAAUAGGCCCUGUACCCGUUCUCGAUUCGCAAUAGUUGCAUCGUCCACUUCUGGCCCUGUAAGGACCUGCAUCUCCCGCCUUUCAAAACAACAACACUUUCCUUCUGCUCCUGUACUGCGUAACCAAAAAGGGUCACGAACAGGGGGCCUUCCACGAGACGAACUGUCGAACCAGUACGCCAACGAGUCCACUCCGACACUUUUGUCGUCAGAUCAACAGGAACCUAGAAACGGGGGACCCUCAUCGGAGGGGUCUAGGUUUUUUUUCUCUCCUUUCGUUUAUUGACCGCAACUUCACACACAAUCGAACGCUCCGUUCAAAUCUCGUACCUCAUCUCCGCCUUUUUCUCUCAUCAUCUCGUCAACUGGGGUUUAUUUAAUACAAUAAACAUCCUCCCCUCCCCCUUCCCCAGUGUCCCUGGGAGGCCUUUUCCGCAAGCGAGAUUCAUCCCCUCGACUCGGACGUCUUUACCUUCGCAGCUCGAAGCUUGGUUCCUAAAAGCUCGCUGGUCGGCAUCGCGUUUCUUCCAACUCGUCACAGAAGUACAAUAAGCGCAACCACCUCCGCUAUCGCGUCUCUUCCUUCGCCUGUGCUCGAUCAAGUGAGGAGGGAAAUCAUCCAAUGGCUUCAUGACGAGGAAUUCACUUUCUAUCGUUCCGAGUUCUAUUAUACAAAAAAACACCAUAUACACCUUUAGACACAAACCAUUUUCAACCCCAGCCUGAAGCUUUCGUGAGAGAGUAUCUACCCGUUGGACUCUUCUCACCGGCAAAACGCACAAACGCACACCAACACAUAUUCACACAUUGAUAACGACACAAAAACCACAAAACAAUGUCUCGCCUCUCGCCCUUCCCAUCCAACAUGACCUUUCGGACCGAAUCCCGCGCAAGCGUCGCCGCCUCCGACACGACGUACUACACCUGCGCCUACCAAAGCUUCCACGACGUAGAGCUCUACGCCCCGAGCUCCCCGCCCUCAAAGACCCCCGUCCCCGCCCCGACCUCGGCCCCGAUCCGAGCCCCGGUACCGGCCCCCUCACACUACCACCACUUCCCAUCACCGCAUCCGCAACACCACAAGGACAAGGAACCCGAACCCGCCGAGAUGCGCCGUCAAGACUCGGGCUACGAGUCUCUGCCCCCGCGGUCCUCCUUCUCCAACCCCCGCCGCACAUCAACGGCCUCAUCCUCCCAGUCCUCCUCCACGGCCGCCGCUGUCCCCCGCUCCCGUGGCCGCCCGACGGUCCGCCGCGCAGCAAAGACGAGCCCGUACCCGGCGACAACGGCACGCACCAGCGGAAGCAGCCUCUACCACCCGCAACAACGCCCACACGCCCAACCCCAAGCAACCUUCUUCCACUUCCCAGCGCACCCAACAGACGUCGAACUCGCCGCCCGUCGGCCCUCGCGCCGCGGUGACGACCUCGAGCUCGAUCAGCGCCAGCUCCUUCUCUCCUCGCCCGGCAGCCACUCCCAUCCCCAACAUCAGCGGGACAGCCAGGAAUGCACCGAACUCGCGCCCCCGCUGCCGCCGCAGGCGACGCACUACUGGACCAGCGACCGCACGCGGAGGCUCGAGUACGCCGCUAUCGAUGCCGCGAGGACUGGCGUCAAGGGGUGGAUGAAGAGGCACCUCGUGCCGGACUGCUUUGUGCCCAAGGAGAAGCACGUUGCGUUCGACGACGACACCGGGAGUGUGCGACGGUAUAGGCUUGAGCUUGAUGAGGAUAUGCCGUGCGAGAAGGGGUGCGGUGGGCGGAAGAGGGGUUGGUUUGGAUGGACUCGCUCCAAGACGGCUUGAGUCUUUUCUUCACACCUUCACACUCUUCUUGCUUGAUUUUUACGUUGUUUUCCCUUUUGGUCUUUGAUGCCGGUGUUGAACAUCUGGGGUUUUGAUUUCGGAAUCAUGGAUUGGAAAGGGGAUGGGAAUUGCAUUGACAUCAUUGAGUCGGCGCGGCAUUUGCACAAGCGGCUGGGCAAGGCUGCAUUGGCGUUUUAUACCCAGCAUUUGGUAUCGUUGGAUUCUUCAUCAUACUUUUGUUUCGUUCUUUUCUUUAUUGCAUAAUCUUGUUUUUAAUGUUUUAUUGUUGUGGUUGUCAAGAUUUCCUUGAACACGAGGGAUGAAGACACAGAGAGAGUUGAAGUUCGAGUAUCAGAAUGGCAUAGCGACACAUAGAUGAUAGACGAUGACACGAGACUUGAAAGAUUGAAGAGAAGCGAGUCAGAGAAACAAACGUCUUUUUGAGGACUACAGUUACUCGUAUACAGACUGAUAGUUAUUUACACAUGUAGUCUCCAAGAGAUUCAAUUAUAUAUCCAUAUACAUGCCU